AUGGGCUCCACCGCCGGUACCGGCUCCGGUCAGGACGGGGCGGGUAGGGGCGCCGAGCAGGGGCCCGUCCAGCCGCCGGCCCCGGAUGUGCUGGCCAGACAGCGGCGCACCGCUCCCAGCGGCGAGCAGGCCACACCGCGCGCCGGCUGGCAGGAGCGGCUGGCGCCUCUGGCGCAGGAGGAGCGCAUGACGCCGCUGCAGACGCCAGACAAGUGCGGCCAGAGCCCGUCCGGCUCACUUCCCGCCGGGCGGUGGCCGAAGAAGUUCGAGGGCGACUUCGACGAGCUGCUGAACCUGGUUGGUGACUUCGGACGCUUUCAGUGGCGACUGUUCCUGCUGUUGCAGCUCCCGUUCUUCUUCCUCGCCUUUAACUACUUCGGUCAGAUCUGGCUGACCCUGGAGCCGGACCACUGGUGCCGCGUGCCGGCGCUGGAGGCGCGCGGCUGGACGCAGCAGCAGAUCCGCAACCUCAGCUCACCGCUGGAGACGCGCAGCACCGGCGUCAAGCACUCCCAGUGCCGGAUGUACGACGUCGACUUCGGCACGGUCGACCCGGACUCGUGGGCGCCGGCCAACGACACGCCGACGGUGGCGUGUCGGCACGGCUGGGCCUACGACUUCUCGCUCAUCUACCCGACCAUCGUCUCCGACAACGACUGGGUGUGCGACCAGGCCUGGAAGCCCACGCUGGCCUACAGCGCCUUCUUCGCCGGCUCGAUGGUGGGCACGGUGGGCUUCAGCCACCUCUCGGACCGCGUCGGCCGGCUGCCCGUGCUCGUGCUCUCCAACAUCGUCUGCGGCGUGGCCGGGUUCGCCUGCGCGUUCGUCUCGUCGCUGCCGGUGUUCGCCUCGCUGCGCUUCGUCGCCGGCCUGGCCAACAACCAGAUGACGACGCAGGCGAUCGUGCUGAUGUCGGAGUUUGUCGGUCCGCGGCACCGCGCCAUGGUGGUGAACGUGCCGCUGGCCACCUCCCUCUGCGGCGGCAUGGUGAUCAUGCCGUGGAUCGCGCGCCUGCUCUACCACUGGACCUAUGUGGCGAUGGCGUUCUCGGCGCCGAUGCUGCUGACGCUGCUCUACUACCUGCUCGGCGUGCCCGAGUCGUGCCGCUGGCUGCAGCACGUCGGACGCGUCGACGCCGCCGUGCGCGAGAUGCGCGCCAUCGCCAAGGAGAACGGCCGAGACGUGCCCGACGAGGUGUUCGAGAGCUUCACGGUGGCCGCCAAGCGGCACCACGACCUGGAGGAGUCGCAGCCGCGGCCGUCGCUGCUGGACGCGCUGCGGCUGCCGCGGCUGCGCCUGCGCCUGCUCACCAUCACCGUGGCCACCAUGGCCACGCUGCUGGCGUUCGACCUGAUCGCGCGCAGCACCGAGCUCGACCUGGACGUCUACACGUCGCAGUCGCUGCUGGGGCUGACCGAGGCGCCGGCCGACCUCUUCACCUGGCUGCUGCUGGAGACGCUCGGCCGCCGCUGGAGCAUGUGCGGCUCCAUGGUGACCGCCUCCGGCCUGGCGCUGGGCUUGUCGUCGCUGCUGCGCGAGGGCGGCCGGCCGAUCGCCUCCACCACGGUGGCGUUCUUGUGCCGCUGCAGCGUCACCGUCGGCUUCAACGUGCUCUGGUCGCAGCACAUGGAGCUGGUGCCGACCGUGAUCCGCGGCCGCGCCUGCGGCGUCGCCAACGUGGCCGGCCACGCGUGCGUGAUGCUCAGUCCGGUGGUGCUGUCGCUGGCGCGCGUCGAUCGCGGCCUGCCGGCGCUCGUGCUGGCCGCCGUGGCGCUGCUGGGCGGCCUGGUGACCAGCACGCUGCCCGAGACGUCGCACCGGCCGCUGCCCGACACGCUGGAGCAGGGCGACGCGUUCGGCCACGAUCAGCGCUUCUUCCAGUGCUUCUGGUACAACCCGUGCGACGGCGGUGCUGAGGGGAAGGCCGCCGAUCGGGAGAUGUACGGCUGUGACAACGCGGCGGCGGCUGUGGAGGAGUGA